AUGUUGCUAACUUCAGCAGCUUAUCAAUGCGUAUUUAAAACAACUACAAAUGGGCGUUUUAAAGGUGUACCUACUCCCAUGGGAGUAGAAAAAAUUAUUUAUAGAUCCCCUUUGAAGGGAGGCUAUCCUGCCAAAUUAAAGAAAGUCCUGAUAGUGACGGCGCCCCUAUGGUUUAAGGCUCCGUUUAAAAUUUUGCGCCUGUUCGUGAGAGAAAAGCUCAGAGAACGCGUGUACACCGUUUCGGUAGCGCAGCUCCUCAACCACAUACCCAGGGAGUCGUUGCCGACGCAGCUGGGUGGUUCUUUGAUUUUGGACCAUCAUGCCUGGUUGUUGCACUGCGUACAGUCAAUGAACACCCGCCCGGAUUCGCCCUUAGUUAACUACGGGCAGGAAGACGAAAGUCGUUAG